CAACUCACUGGCGUGCUUCAUUACUUAACUUGAACGCUCGUUGCGCAGUAAUUAUUCAAAAAUAAAGACGGUGGAAGUGAAUGUAAAAGUUUUUCAACAAAAAUAAAGUUAAUUGGAUGUCCACAUUAAAUUAGUAGUUUUAACAAAAUUAAGAGUAAUAGCAUGCAAUUGUAAUAGCAUUACAGUGAUACAUUGGUAUAUGUAUUAUUAAAUGGCAAUCAGAAAUCUGUGUCAUUGUAAGAGGGGAUAUAACAAGUUAUUUUUUUAUUCGUCGUCGAUUUAACAACUGUACCAGACAAAUGGAAUUAGAAUAAAUUUUAAAAACGAGGACAGUUGUGGACAAUUUUAAUUGUACGUUACAUUCUCAGUACAAUUUCCCGCUGGACCUGCCACAUUGAAUCUCAACAGAGGAGAAACAUCGGCGCUUGUUCUGUAAAUUGCGACAAUUGUUAUUUAAAAAAAAACAAAAAAAAAAAAACAGGUAAAUAAAUAAAUAACAAUGGUUUAUAACAUUACUUACGUGUUAUUUUUUAUAUUAAAUACAUACUUAUAUGAAUUGAAGUCUUAAAUGUAAGUACUGUUUUUGGCUGGUUUCAAAAACACAAUUUGGCUACGUUUUGGCUGGUUACUUACAAAAUUUGGCGAGGCUUUGCGAAAUAAAUCUGGCAGCGCUAGAGGUCAGUACAUACGUACUGUCUGUUCAGGAAGCGGAGAGGCUGAUCAGAGUGGAAAAAAUAUCGAAGUUGCCAGGCGAGCAGGCUCUCUUGUUUCACUGGUCGGGCGGGCAGAGAGCGACAGACACAGACACACACACAACAGGUUUCUCUGAAGUUGAUCUCCAACCCACAGUUCAAUCCUGGGUGGAGUCUGCUCUGCGAGUCUCAAUCAGGAAUGCAACUCCAGCUUGACACCGGAGAAAAACGGAGAUAGAACGAAAGAGGGAAAGGAAGAAACAAGGACUUAUAAAUGAUAUAAAAAGAGAGGCCAGGUACGCUCACAUACCCGAAAGGUUGUGUUCCUCUCCUUCCCCCCUCCUCCCUCUCCCACCAUGGCCCGCCCCUCCCAGUGCUCAUCGCAGGGGGACAACCCCUUGGACCCGAACUACCUCGAGCCUCACUACCGCGAGGAGUACCGCCUGGCCAUCGACGCGCUGGCGGAGGACGACCUGGAAGGCUACUACCACUUCUUACAGAAUCAGGGCAUGCCGGACUUCCUGGCCGAGCCAGAGAUCAAACACAUCCAGCAGACUCUGCAGGUGCCCCGCAUGGCUGUGCAGUCAGACUGCCUGUACCUGGAGGGAGGCUUUGAGGACCCGGACAGCUCCUCGGGAACCUACUGGCCCAUGCACUCGGACCUGGAUGCUCCCGGACUGGAUAUGGGUUGGCCCGACUUGCGCAGCUUCGUCGGCCCCACCGAAGUCACCACUCUGGUCAACCCCCCCAACCCCAACACGCCCAGCAUCAAGGAGCAGGCGCGCCGGCUCAUCAGGUCUGCACAGCAGGUCAUUGCUUUGGUAAUGGAUGUGUUCACUGACGUGGACCUGUUUGCUGAUAUCCUGGACGCUGCGUCUCGCCGCGUGGCGGUUUACAUCCUGCUGGACGAGCUCAACGCACACCACUUUGUAGCCAUGGUCACCCACUGCAAAGUCAAUCUGGAGCUGGUCAAUUUCAUGCGGGUGCGGACGGUGAGUGGCAUCACCUAUUUCUGCAGGACUGGGAAGUCAUUCAAGGGCCAGGUGAUGGAGCGAUUCCUGCUGGUGGACUGCAGAGCUGUGCUGAGCGGAAACUACAGCUUCAUGUGGUCGUUUGAGAAGAUCCACCGGUGCAUCGCCCAUGUGUUCCUGGGGGAGCUGGUGGCCACGUUCGACGAGGAGUUCCGCAUCCUGUUUGCCCAGUCCCAACCGUUGGUUCUGGAGAACGCACUGGUGCCGAUGCCUGGGGAGAGGGUCUACGGCUCUAACCAGUACAGAAGCCAUGUAAGGGCUCCACCUGUCAUGAAGCCCAUGCACUACCUCCAGGCGGAGGUAUCUCUGGCCGCCCAGCACUCUUACUCCUUUGACAGGAUGGACCUUGACCGGGACCUGCCACUGCACUUCAGACGGGAAGACCCAUUCCCCAACACCAUGGAAGGGUCCUCCAUGCAGAUGUUCAACAGGAAGUUCAAGAUGGAGCACUCCUUAAUGGAUCCUGGCAGAUCAAUCAUGGCGACCAAGCAGAUGGAACUGGAGGCGUACAAGAGGCACAGCUUCGCAGAGGGGACACGCGAGAGCUAUUCCUCCUCCAAGCAGUUCAUGAAGCAAAGGGUAAUGAACAAUGUUGAAGAGAUGGAAACCCAAAGCAGCCACUUCCAGAGACAACAGGUCUACCAGAUAAACAGGCCUUUUGAUCACAACAGGCAAGAGGGGACAGGCUCAGGACACGGCACCUUUGAGAAAAUCAGGAGCAGCCGCAUGGGUUACCAGCAAAUGGAAGACUUCCCCGAUGACUCCAGGUUCAGGGUGGAACCGCAGAACGUGGGUGGCUACCAAGCCCUGCUGGAUUACGUUCCUUCCAAUGCUUCCAAGGAGGUUAAGCAUGGCUCUGGGAAUCUACUCAUUUCAGGGGAAGGGUGGCAAGGGAAGGCUACUCAGAGGAGCCAAAACAUAGGACACACCUACGCCUGCCAGAUGUCCCCGACGCAAAAGCAACCCUCCGAUCAGAACCAGCUGUUCCAUGAUUCCAGCUUGGACAGGCAACCGCAAGAUUCCACUGUGAAGAAGGGGCUGAGAAAGUGGAGGAUCUCCUCUUACCUCAGUGCAUACCAAGACUCCAGAGAGGAGGGUGCACAGCAGCCUAUAACGGAGCUGGAAGCCUUCGAUGACAGCCCCCAACCUUCGGAAGAGCUGUUUACUGGUCCAGAGCCAUCUGUCCCCAGAUUUCCCACCAGAGAGGCUCCAAAGAUGCCCACUUUUAAGCCUAGCGAGCCCCCGCGUUUCACAAGGAUGAUUGUUCCACAGAUUGUGAAAGAUUCUUCAGCUUUGGGGUCAACGUCAGAAAUUGCCGACGAGACAGACAGUAAGGAACAAGGGGAGGUUGCCCUUUCAAAGCAUGAAUCCAUAAGGCACAGAUUGAACCCUAUGCUUCAGAGGAGCUCCAGGUUAAGAUCUUCACUGAUCUUCAGUUCAUCCAAGCAAGAGCAGCACAGUUCAUCAUUGCAUACCCAGAAAGAGCAGUCAAUAGGCGAGUCAAAGGAGGAGAACGACCCCUUUAAACCAUCGAUGACUCUUGCUGAGAUUCUUGACAAGAGGAGAUCCAUCGCACGGGAGCCUUUUGAUUUCCAUUUGACUGACCAGAGUAAGGCUAGCACUAAAGCUUCUCCUCUAGUCGAACUGCAGAAGGUUCCUCCGCCAGAAGAACCACAAAAGGUUUCUCCACAGGAAAAACUGAGUGACGUUCCUAGUGGAGCACCAACAAGGAGCAUGGAUAUGGUCAACAUGAAUGACCCCAAUGUCAGACUUUCUGUUUUCAAAGAGUUAGCUGCCAAACGUAAAGCAGCUAAAACAACUGUUGACUCAAAUAGCAAAGUGCCUGAGCCUGCCAACAAAAAGCCUGCAGUUAUAAGCAAUGUACCUAAACCAGCUAAAACACCAGAGCCACAGCCUUCCACACACAAGGAGGUCAAACAGCCUUCCACACAAAACGAGGUCAAACCUGCUGCUGAAGUCUUUAUUACAGAACACCCAGCCCUACCUGCAAAGCUGACCGAGCCUCCUCUUCUCAAAGUGUCUUCGCAGACUGUAGUCAUUACUGAUGCUACUGACUCCCAGAAGAGGGAGCUGAAAAAGUCCUGCAGCCAGAGCAGUUCGACCUUGGCUCGGGGGGAGUCAGUGGAGAAACCGAACAAGGUCCACGGCUCCAACACCUCACUGAAUCUCCUGGACGAGAAGAGCAAGCAGGAUCCGAAGGCCAUAGAAUUCCUUAAGAAGGGAUCCCAAAAGCUCAAAGAGUUCCUCGGACAGAAGGGAGAUAAGAAGAUCGGUGAGGAUAAUUCAGUUGCAGAAGUGUCUGAGGAACAGAGUUCCACGGACACUAAGGUGGAGAGUCCAGAAGCAGUGGAGAACAAAGAGGACAAGACCCGCAAGUCCUCUCAGUCAGCCCCACCCAAGAGCAUCCAGAGCAGGUUCACAUCCUCCACCUCCAACGUGCUCUACAGCAGCAACCUCCGAGAUGACACCAAGGUCAUCCUGGAGCAAAUCUCUGCCAACAGCCAGAACAGGAUAGAAAUGGCCAAGCAGGCUUCCAACAACAAAACAGAAGAGUCCAGCGAUGGUUCUACCUCAGAGAACAGUUCUCAGUCUUUCAGCAGGCCUGAAAUCUCCCUGACCAAGAGCCGGUUUCAGAAGCCACAGACCAACCCAGAGGAGCGGGACAAGCUCAUCAAAAAGAUGGACAGCAUGCGCAAGGAGAAGAGGGUCUACAGCCGGUUUGAGGUCUUCUACAAAAACAAGGAGGAAGCACCCAAAUCGGGGACGGACCAUGACUCUGAGGAGGAUGGGAAAACAGACAGCAGCAAGGAAUCGAUGAUGGAUAAACUCAAGCUGGGACUUUUCAAAAGCAAAAAAUAAUACUACAGUUCUGAGUACACAAUACUGACAAACACCACUUCGAGCUAUGGAAAUGUUGACCAUAAUAGUAGAAAUAACACAGCAAUAAUGACUUAGAAAGAAACAGAAAGCUCCUGAGUGGCGCAUCCGGUAAAGGAACUCCACCCGGCAUGCUGGAUACGCCCUAUAGCUUGGAGAUCGCCGGUUCGAAUCCAAGCUAUGCCACUGCCGACCAUGGAUGGGAGUUCCCAGGGGGUGGCGCACAAUUGGCCAAGCGCUGCCCGGGUGAAGUAGGGGCUAGGUCGGCUGGGGAGUCCUUGGCUCACCGCACACCAGCUACCCCCUGUGGCUUGCUGGGCGCCUGCAGGCUGGCCUGUAUGCAAUUCAGAACGUUGGUGGGCUUGCAGAGUGAAAAAAGCGGUCUAAUGAGUGCUCGUCUUCAUCUCUCCCAAGUUAGUUCGGGGGUUGCAGCUGUGAGCCAGGUUGAAUAAUAAUUGGACAUUCCAAAAAACUGGGAGAAAAAUAAUUGUUAAAAAAAAAAAAGAGAAGAAACUUAUAUAAUGAUCUGUGUCUUUUUUUAAAUGCAUAUAUUCUUCUCAAUUUUACAUUCUCAAAGGAAUACUUUGCUGCAGCUUUGAGAUUAAUAAUGAAAUCGGCAGCAUUCUAUAUCCUGGAAUGAUGGCAAACCAGUGUCAAGUGACCUACAGACAAAUACACUACUAGCUAUUUUUUAUAUUGCAACAAUGGAUUGUGUAAAUUGUGAAUUUGAGGAUACACAGUUUGUGGCAUGGGUAGGGGUUUGUCCAGCAGAUGCACCGGUUUAGCUACCCUUAUGGUAGUGUUUUCUACAAUGCCUUUUCUAUGUUGUAUCUGUAGAUUGUCAUAAUGCUGUCCAUCUGUACACCACCUCCACUGGCCGGAUUUCCAUGUCAAUACAUUAAAAGCUAAAGCAGAAUUUUUAUUUGGGAGAGAGGGGGAUCAUGGUCACUUACUUAACUGAUCUCCCCUCUUUUAUUUAAAUUCACCUGCUUGUUGCUGAUUCGAUCCUAGUUGCUGCCUUAUACUCCAACUUCCUGGCCUGCUAU